AUGGAGGAACAAGAGAAGGUUUCAGAUUUGAUUUCAAGAUUGAGGAGCAUCACAAAUCAGAUGGCUAGUUAUGGAGAGAAGUUGUCUGAACAGAAAUUGUGUGAAAAGAUCUUGAGAUCAUUGCAUCCCAGGGAUGAAAGGAGUGGGGGAAAUUCUGGAAAUCAGGCAUUGGUAGCAUAUGCCAACAAGAGGGGAGACCAGAAAAAGAAAUGGAGGAAGAACAAAUUCAAGAAACCUGAAGAUAAGUCUGAAUCUUCAUCAAAAGGAGGAAAUUCAAGUGGUAAAUCAAAAGGAAAUUCAAGAAACUUUGACAAGAAGAAGGUAUGGUUCCUUGAUACUGGUUGUUCCAAUCACAUGACAAGUCAUAAAGAAUGGCUGGUAGAUAUUGAUAAAUCAAUAAGGAGUAAAAUAAGGUUUGCUGAUGAUAGAACCUUGGAAGUUGAGGGAGUUGGCAACAUGGUGAUUAAAAGAAGAAAUGAGAAGACAGUAAUGAUAGAUAAUGUACUAUAUGUGCCAGGAAUGAAGAGCAAUUUGCUGAGCAUUGGGCAGCUAAUUCAAAAGGGUUUUCAAGUGAUCAUGAAGAAUGAUGCCUUAGAAAUGUAUGAUGGGCAGAAGAUGAUGAUACUCAAGGCUCCUCUUUCAAAGAACAAAACAUUUAUCAUCAACAUACAAGCUGCUGAUAUCCAAUGUUUGAACGCAACAAGUUCAAUUGAUGAAAGUUGGUUGUGGCAUUAA